UCCAAGAAUCCCACUGUUCAAAAAGGAGAUAAUGGGAGUUUCUAACCAAUUCGACGAGUUGCUGGAGAGGCUUCUUGUGGAACAUGAAGAGAGAGUUGAGGAGUAUGAAAAUAAGGACAUGAUGGAUUUGUUGUUGGAAGCUUUUCGGGACGAACACGCGGAGUAUAAGAUCAGUAGGAAACAGAUCAAGUCUUUGUUCGUGGAGAUUUUCCUUGGAGGCACUGACACCUCGGCGCAAACAGUACAGUGGAUAAUGGCUGAACUCAUUAACAAGCCUAGCAUUAUUGAGAAAAUUAGAGAAGAAAUCGAUUCCGUUGUAGGGAAAACAAGAUUGAUUAAAGAAACGGAUCUACCAAAGCUUGCUUAUUUGCAAGUGGUUGUUAAGGAAGGGCUAAGAAUGCACCCGCCAUCGCCUCUCGUGGUUAGAACUUUUCAAGAAAGUUGUGAGGUAAAAGGUUUUUACAUGCCGGAGAAGACAAUGCUUGUUAUUAAUGUUUAUGCUUUGAUGAGAGAUCCUGAAUCUUGGGACGAUCCUAAUGAGUUUAAACCAGAGAGGUUCUUACCUUCUUCAAAAUCAAAACAAGACGAGGAGAAAGAGCAAGGCCUGAAGUACCUUUCAUUUGGAGCUGGAAGGAGAGGCUGUCCUGGAUCAAAUCUAGCUUAUCUCUUUGUAGGACUCCCAGUCGGUGUGAUGGUGCAGUGUUUUGACUGGAAGAUCAAAGAAGACAAGGUUAACAUGGAAGAAACUACUGCAGGAAUGAAUCUUGCCAUGGCUCAUCCGUUUAAGUGCACUCCUGUUGUUCGAAUCGACCCUUUAACUUUUAAUCUCAAGAGUCCGAGUCCAUAACCUGUUU